AUGCCUCCAUCUAAAUUACAUUCUUGUAAAACUAAAACAUCAAAUCAAAAUAUCACUCAAUUUAAAUCAAUUGAUGAUAUUGAUACUUACAGUUGUCAUAGUAACACUGAUUCAAAAUCAUUUGAAUUGACAAAUUAUCAAAAAUCAAAAUCUACUCAACUUUAUUAUCCAUUAAAACAUUGUAAAAUAACAAAUCAUAAUAAUAAUGAUAAUGAUUUAAUUUAUAAAACCAAUUUACAACAAGAUAAAUUAAAUAAUCAAAUUAAAUCACAAUUACAUACAUCUAUAACAAAAUUACCAAAAUCUAUAAUACAUAAACAAAUUAAAUUUAUGGAACAUGGAUCAGAAGGUGAUAAGAAAAAUACUACCGUAGCAACAAUAAAAAAUACAAUUUCAACAUCAAAACAAUCAGAAAACAAAAUGGUUACACAAACAUCACCUAUUUUAACAUCGAUAAAACAUGAUGAACAAUAUUUGAAAUCAACUUUAAUCAAUAAACCAAAACAUUCAUCACAAGUUCAGCUAACCAACACUAUCACUAAUCAUCAUAAUACAUUUGAUAAAAAUUUAACUCCUAAAUAUUUAGACAAUAUUAAAAGUGCAUCAAUAUCAGAUUUAAGUCAUUCCGGUUUAAGAAUUAAUCAUAAAAUUAUAGAUAAUAAUAAUCAUAAUAAAUCAAUAGAACUAUCACCUUUAUUAAGUAAAUCAUCAUCUGGAAUAAUCAAAACAGAAUUGAAUUCAUUCAGUGAUACAUCCAUUACAUUAGAUCCUAUAAAUCAUCAUCCUAAAAUAACAAUUAUUCGUGAAAAUAAUCAUAAUCAUGUAAAAAUGAAUUCAUAUCCAAAAUUACCAAUAACAACUAGAUCAGCUUAUAGAAAAGAUAUUCAAUUACAUUAUAAUAAUACUAAUCAUAGUAAUAUUCCAUCUUAUAAAUCAUCAAUUAGUCAAUCUCCAUUAUCAAAUAUAUCUUGUGAAAGUUUACCAAAUGUAAAUAAUUCUAUUAUAAAACAAUUCAAUACAUCAACAUUAUAUAUGAACAAUAAUGAUAAUAAUAAUUAUAAAAUGAAUGAUAUUACAUGGAAGAUUCCUGAUACAAUAGAACGAUAUAAUUCAAAUGAAGAGAUUGGGGUAGAUCUUUCAACUUCAGAAAAAAUUAUGCAAUAUACUACUAAUAAUACAACUACUACUAUUACUACUACUACAACAACAACAACUACUACUACUACUCCUGCUAAUAGUAAUACUAAUCAAUCAUAUAUAAAUAAAAUUGGUUUAUUGAAACAAUAUGGUCAUUAUAAAUCAACACCAAAUAUAAAUACAACAAUAAAAAAAUCAAGAACACCAAUAAAAUUAACAAAAGUUAAAGAAGAAUAUGUGACACAUAUAGCUAGACCAUUAAAACCGGAAUUCGGUAUGAAUCAUUAUAAUGCAUUCAGUGAACAAGAUUUAUCUGGGAGAAUGAUAAAAUUAAAUGAGAAAGAAAGCAAUCGAAGACAUAGUGAAUUGAAUUAUUUGCAUAGUCCAUAUGAUCAUUAUUCAUAUCAACAUAUAAAUCAAAAGAAAUUAAAUGGUGAUAUUGAUGAUCAUGUUGACAAUGUUCAAUUAACAACAUGGCGACAUAAUAGUUAUGACCGAAAUUUAGAUAAGAAUUCAGAUGAGGAUCCUAUUCAACCAAUCAUUAUACAAAGACAUUAUGGUUCAAAUAAUUAUAUUUCAAGUAAACCUUUGGAUAAGAAUAACUUAUUAUGUUCUGAACACCAUAAUUAUCAAUCUAAUCAUUAUUAUACAAAAAAUUUACAUUCAGAAUCGCCAUCAGAUCAUUUUAAUGGUCAUUUAAGCUAUCAUCCAUCUGAAGAAUCAUUAUUAAAUGAUACAAAAGCAUUGAAUGGAUUUAAUAAUUAUCAUGAUUAUUGUAAUUAUUCACAAUCAUUAAAUCAUAAUUAUAUAUGUAAUGGAAUGAAUUCGAUGAAUGAUACAAAAUUAAGUGGAAUCUAUAAAAAAAUUAAUCAGAAACAACCUAAUCGUAUAUUACCUAGAAGACCACGUUCAUUAAUACAAGAUAAUCAUUAUGAUAUUAAUAAUAUUAAUAAUAAUAAUAAUAAUAAUCAAUAUGAUAUAUCAAAUGAAUUACGUAAUAACCAUGGUUACAGUUAUAAUAAUAUUUAUGAUAGUAUAAAUAAUAGUAAUAAUAAUAAUAAUAAUCAAUAUUGUGAUUAUAAAGAAUCCACUGAUGAUUUACAUUCGAUUACGCCGAAUCUAUUCCGAAAAUAUGAUUCUCAACAAUCAUAUCAUAGUAAUAAUACUAUAAAUGAUAAUAUUAGUAUGAUUACGGAUGGUUAUCUUUCAUAUGAUUAUCGAUGUAAUAAUAAUAAUGAAAUAGUUAAUAAAACACGAACAUGGACAAAAACAGAUCUUGAUGUUGCCUUUCAUCCAGAUUCAUAUAUUGCUAAUAAACGAAAAUAUAAAUCUAAUUAUAAUGAAACAUAUCAUAGAUUAAAUGAUUUAAUAAAUUUACAACAUAGUUCUACAGAAUACAAUUUAAAUACAACCAUUACUACUACUGCUACCACUACUACUACUACUAAUACUACUAACAAUAAUAUCAGUAGUUUAUCAUGUCCUAUAACUAUGAAUACAAUCAAUUCUAUCAAAUCAUUAACACCAAUUUCAAUUAAAAUUCAACAAAAUAAUAAACAAUUAAAUCAAUAUGAAUUAGAUCAUUCAAUAAGUGAUAUAUGUUCAACAAAUUCAUCAUUAUCAGAUCAUACUACUAAUGGUAUAAAUUAUUCCUAUCCAAGUCAUUCAUUAUCAUUAUCAUUAAAUAGAGAUAAAAGAAAAGAUCAUCAUACUAAUAUUAUCACUACCAAUAAUAAUAAUGUAUGUUAUAAACAUCGUACAUUACCAUUAUUACCUAAUUCAAAUGAAUAUCAACACCACCACCACCACCACCACAACAACAACAACAACAACCACAACCAUCGUCACCACCACCAACAACAACACCAAUAUCCUUAUAUUCCAUUAACAUCAUCUCAAUUAAUUACACCAAAUAUAACAUGGCGUAUAAAAAAUUCAAAAGAAAAUUAUUAUAAUAAAAAAUUAUUAAAAUUAAUUGAACAAUUACCAUGUAAUAAACAAAAUUCAAUUGGUUUAAUAUUAUUAACAAUGGAUGUGAAAUUAUGUAAUUCUAUACAUAAUCCACCCAAUAUUAAUCAUAAUCAUAAUGGUAAUAGUAAUAAUAAUACUAGUAGUCAUAGUAACAGUAAUAAUACUGGUAAUUAUUCAGAUAUAUUCAUUGGUGGUUUAGAAUAUCGUCUACGUGAAGCAUUACAAUUAGUGGAACCAAAUAAUAAAUUAAUGAAUGAAUUUGAUUAUUGUCAUUAUAGAACAAUAAAUGAAUUAAAUAAAAUAGAUUUAAAUAAAAUUAUUGAUGUUCGAAGUAGGAAAAAUGUCAGUGAAUCCAAAAAAUCAUCAACCAACUUUGCUAAAGAAUCACCUAAAGAAGAUGGUCGUGAAUCUGGAAUAGAUCCAGAUACAUUAGACGAAACAUCAACAUCAAUGAUUGGAAAUUCUUUAAGCUUAAAUGAUAUGAAAUAUACUACUAAUGAUCUUAGUCAUACUACUGAAGUACACAAACCAAAUGUAAUUACAAUAUUAAGACGAUUAGCAAGAUAUUUAGCUUUACGGAUAGCAAAUAAACGUCAUAGUCUAGCUACAGCAAAUCAACAUGUUGCAAGAAAUGCCAUUGAAGAAAAACUUUUACGUUCUAGAUUAAGUGAAUUAAAUAUUGAUUAUUAUUAUCAUCAUGAUAAUAUAAUGAAUAGUUGGAAUUCAUUAAAUUCAAUUGAAAUCAAUCAUGGUACAAUUGUGAAUCGAUUUGAUCGAUUACAUAAUAAUACAAUUGCUGUUAUUCAAUUAUUAUGUCAAUUAGCAAGACGUUUAGCUAUAUUAGAUGGACAAUUAUAUUAUUUAAAUAAAAAUAAAUAUAAUGAUAAUGUUGUAUUAUUAUGUAAUAAUAGUAAUAAUAAUAAUAAUAAUGAUAAUUCAUCAUUAUUAUCCUAUAAUCAUGUGACAUCAUUAACCUCUGGUACAUCAUCAAUUCUAUCAAAUCACUUCUUGAAUGAUUUCAACAAGAAUAAUAGUAAUACCAAUCGGAAUAGUAACUGUGAAUUGUCACAAAUUAUUGAACAACAAAAACGUUUAAUUAUACAAAUUAAAGAAGCUCAAUUAUUACGAGCUGAAUUAGAAACAUGUCGACAUCGUUUAUUAGAAAGUAUACCAGGUCAUAUAAAAUGUGAUUUAACACAUAAUAUGAUUGAUAAAUUAGGAAGAGAUUUCAUUCAUGAUAAUAAUAAUAAGUCUACAACAAAUACUACUACUAAUCAAAAUAUUAGUAAUCAUAAUAUAACAGAUUGUAAAUUAACAUCAAAUACAAAUAGAGAAUUGAAUCAACAAAAUCAAACAAAUCAUACUACUACUACUACUACUACUACUACUACUACUACUAAUGAUAAUAGUAGUAAUAAUAAUAAUAAUGAAAAAUCAAUAUCCAAUAAAAUGAAUGAACAAGAAGAUCAAUUAAAUUGUCAACAAUCGAUUAUGAAUACAACACAAUUACUUAGACAACGUGUUACAGAACAUUUAAUUGAAUUUUUAAAUUGGUUUGUAUUAUCACAAAUAUUUGAAACAGAAAUCAAAGUCGAUCAAGAUUUAUGGGAAAGUAUUCAAGAUGAAUUAAGAUUUGAAUUAUCCUAUUAA